AUGACCGAAGAUAUUGAUGCUAUAAUCGAUCCAGAGUAUGCUUCUGAUGAGGAACUGCUCCGUAUGAUGCACACCGUCAUGGUUGAGGUGGGGAGAGAUUUGAACUUUGGAGAGCAUUGGAUAAAUGAUUCAGUUGCUCUAUUACUCACUCAGCCUGCUCGCAAAUCCCUUUUUAGCGAUGCUGAGAAACAAAAUAUUGUUCUCUGGUCUGAAAGGGAUGCCAUUCAAAGGUUGAACAGAAAUGGUUUGGAUAUUGUCAUCGCUGACCGCGUUUUGGAUCAGGUCGCAGAGGUGUAUGGAAAGCGAUAUGGGAACAGCCCUUUUGCUAAAACCAAGAACUAA